AUGACUUUGAUCUCCGUCCUCAUCUGGACUCUCCUCUGCUGCUGCUUCACAGAGUCCAGAGGCCAGAUCACAGUGACUCAGCCUGCAGCAGUGAGAUCAACUCUGGGAGGAUCUGCAACUAUCAACUGUCGGACCAGUCAGGAUGUUUAUAAUAAUAACUACUUAGCCUGGUACCAACAGAGAGAUGGAGAAACUCCUAAACUUCUCAUUUACUAUACUACCACUCGAGCAUCAGGGAUUCCAGGUCGUUUUACAGGCAGUGGAUCAAAGUCUGACUUCACUCUGACCAUCAGUGGAGUUCAGGCUGAAGAUGCAGCAGUUUAUUAUUGUCAGAGUCAGCAUCAUAUCAACAGUCAGUGGGUGUUCACACACCCUGCUCUGAUCCCAGUGUCUUUCCCAGUCAAUCACUCCCAGCCUGCACUUGUGUCUAGUCACCUGUUCCCCAUUCCCUCAUUAGUUCAGACAGCAUUCAGCAUUGUGUUUUAUCCUUUCAUGACAACAGAAGCCACAGAAAUCCUCCUCAUCAAAAACAUGACUUUGAUCUCCAUCCUCAUCUGGACUCUCCUCUGCUGCUGCUUCACAGAGUCCAGAGGCCAGAUCACAGUGACUCAGCCUGCAGCAGUGAGAUCUACUCUGGGAGGAUCUGCAACUAUCAAUUGUCAGACCAGUCAGAAUAUUUAUGAUUCAAACAGUUUAUCCUGGUACCAACAGAGAGAUGGAGAAACUCCAAAACUCCUCAUUUACUAUAUUAAAACUCUAGCAUCAGGUAUUCCAGGUCGUUUUUCAGGCAGUGGAUCAAACUCUGACUUCACUCUGACCAUCAGUGGAGUUCAGGCUGAAGAUGCAGCAGUUUAUUACUGUCAGAGUUUCCACUAUCCCAACAGUCAGUAUGUGUUCACACAGUGA